UAAAUAUGCGAAUCUGGUUUCUGAUAUCGAUAACUUUAGUAAUGUUUGACGGAUUUUAAUCAAAUUUGAUAUGAAAGUACAUGGCAUCAAAACAUGGCCUUAGUUUGAUUUCCCAGUAUGUACCCUGCGAGGGGAUGCUAUGCUUUGCGUUGACUUGUUUUAUUUAUGUCAUUUAGCAUUAUGAAUGAGGGCUCAUUAUUUGUAUUUAUUGUAAUAUAUUGAUAUUGGUAUUUUAUUAAAUGUAAUUUUUUGUUUUGUUUUGUUUGUAUUUUAGGUUACUGAGAGUUGAAGAGAGAGUUGCAGAAAAUUUGAUAGAUCUACUCUUACUGUUGGACAGUUACUGAGAGAGAAGCAAGGAGGCAGAGGUAAAUUCAGCUCUUACUGUUGGACAGUUAGUGAGAGGGAAGCAGGGAGGAAGAGGUGAAUAGAGCUCUUAUUGUUGAACAUUUACUGAGAGAGAAGCAAGGAGGCAGAGGUGAAUAGAGCUCUUACUCUUGGACAGUUAUUUAGAGAGAAGCAAGGAGGCAGAGGUAAAUAGAGUUGUUACUGUUGGACAGUUAUUGAGAGACGAGCAAGGAGGAAGAGGUGAAUAGAGCUCUUACUGUUGGACAGUUACUGACACAGAAGCAAGGAGGCAGAGGUGAAUAGAACUCUUACUGUUGGACAGUUAAUGAGAGAGAAGCAAGGAGGCAGAGGUAAAUAGAACUCUUAUUGUUGGACAGUUACUGACACAGAAGCAAGGAGGCAGAGGUGAAUAGAACUCUUACUGUUGGACAGUUAAUGAGAGAGAAGCAAGGAGGCAGAGGUAAAUAGAGUUGUUACUGUUGGACAGUUAUUGAGAGACAAGCAAGGAGGAAUAGGUGAAUAGAGCUGUUACUGUUGGACAGUUACUGAGACAGAAGCAAGGAGGCAGAGGUGAAUAGAGCUCUUACUGUUGGACAGUUACUGACACAGAAGCAAGGAGGCAGAGGUGAACAGAACUCUUACUGUUGGACAGUUAAUGAGAGAGAAGCAAGGAGGCAGAGGUAAAUAGAACUCUUAUUGUUGGACAGUUACUGACACAGAAGCAAGGAGGCAGAGGUGAAUAGAACUCUUACUGUUGGACAGUUAAUGAGAGAGAAGCAAGGAGGCAGAGGUAAAUAGAGUUGUUACUGUUGGACAGUUAUUGAGAGACAAGCAAGGAGGAAGAGGUGAAUAGAGCUGUUACUGUUGGACAGUUACUGAGACAGAAGCAAGGAGGCAGAGGUGAAUAGAGCUCUUACUGUUGGACAGUUGAUGAGAGAGAAGCAAGGAGGCAGAGGUAAAUAGAGUUGUUACUGUUGGACAGUUAUUGAGAGACAAGCAAGGAGGAAGAGGUGAAUAGAGCUGUUACUGUUGGACAGUUACUGAGACAGAAGCAAGGAGGCAGAGGUGAAUAGAGCUCUUACUGUUGGACAGUUACUGACACAGAAGCAAGGAGGCAGAGGUGAAUAGAACUCUUACUGUUGGACAGUUAAUGAGAGAGAAGCAAGGAGGCAGAGGUAAAUAGAACUCUUAUUGUUGGACAGUUACUGACACAGAAGCAAGGAGGCAGAGGUGAAUAGAACUCUUACUGUUGGACAGUUAAUGAGAGAGAAGGAAGGAGGCAGAGGUGCCAUCUGCCAUUUGGACUUUGACUGAAUAAAGUUUUUGGAGUGUACUGGUUGAAGCAGAUUUCAUUAUCAUCUCCAUCUCAUCUCAUACCAUCUCAUCUCAUACCAUUUCAUCUUCACCCACAAAACUCAUAAUCUUGAGUUUUUGAGAAAAGCACUCAUUCAAACCUUCAUCUAUCAUAAAGUCUGUGUGCGGGCAACUCACGACAAUAACCCUAGCACUCUUAAGCUUUGAUACGAACUUCUUGGUGAUCAUGAUGAACACUGUUACUUGGAUUUGAACCAAUCAAGGACCCUAUCAAGUACGACCAACAAAAGAAAAUGUGGCAGAUCAAAGAAGAGAUCAAGGAUUUCCGAAUGUACAGAGUUCAUGCUGGUGGCAAGAGAAAAGAAGCAAAGACAAGAAAGGUCGAGCAAGGAACAAGAAAGGUCAGUCUUCCAAAGCCGGGAAAAAAGGCACUGAUGGAAAUCACUCUUCUGAUAAAUCAGAGAUUAGAUUUGACAAAGAUGAAGGAAUAGAAUUAGCAGUAAAGAAUGAGAAGCUGGAUACAAAGAAAUCUAUGAAUGCAAGUGACCAAGGCCUUGAUCCAAAUACAUGUAAAAAUGAUGAACACUCAGACCAGCAUAUUUGCAAUAUGAAAGACAACAAAGGUUCAGAUGGAGUUGUGCAGGACGAUUCAAAGAAUAAUCUGUUGAAAUCAAAUUUUGAUGAAAAUAGGGAAAUUGAAACAGACGAUGAUAGUGGCAGUGAUGUUCACAUACCAGUGAAACGUUCGUGUGCAAGAAAUUGUUUAGAAUCUGAUAGUGAUACAGACACAAGUCCUGGAUGUGAUUUAUUCGAUAGAAGUGUUUUACCACAACGCAAUAUGCCUUUGAAUGUUAGUGAUAGACCAAAAGAUAUGCCCAUAAAUGAACCAGUAGACAAUGUCUGUGAAUCGGUAUUGGAAAAUGAUGAUAUGAUGAAAAAUGAUUUUUCAGAUGUUUCAGAUGGUGUACAAGAAGAUGCAGUGUUUGACAAUGACCUGAAGAAUAGAAGCUUUGAUACAGUAAAAGAUGGUACAGACAAUGAUACUGAUAUGUCAUUUAAUGAUCAUGCUCAUUCAAGGAAUCCUUUAGAAUCUUCUUCAGAUUCAAAUAUCAAAGAUGAAGACAUUGAAAAGGCAAUAGAUGCUAAUAUGUACACAUGUACUGAUGAAACAGAAACAGAAGUUGAAUUUGUAGCAGAUCUUGGAUUACGUGAUAGACCUGAUAAAGAUUUCAAAUUUGUACCCCUCCAGAAUAAUGACAAACAGAACAUUUGUUCAAAACUGAAUAUCAGAUAUAUAGGCAAAGGCUGUGAUUCAAGGUUAGAUAGAAAUAGCUCUAUUGGAGUUCCUUUACAGAGUAAACAAAUUACUGGUGAUGGCAAUUGUUUCUUUCGUGCAAUUUCCUAUGUAAUUUCUGGAACUGAGCAUAAUCAUGCAAUUUUAAGAAAUGCCACUGUGAAACAUUUAUUGCAAACCAAGGACAUGUUUAGUAAUACAUUGAGGCAAGAAUAUAGAACAGUCAGAGAAUAUGUUUUGAAACGUAGAAUAAAGGAAGACGGAACGUGGGCUACAGACACUGAAAUUAGCGCUUUAGCAAAUUUAAUCGAUACUGAUAUUUAUUCAUACAAUGACCAAGUACCAUGUUGGCAAUUGUUCUCUGCAAAGAAACCUGGAAGAAUAAAUAUUGUAACAUCUGAUAAGGGAAUUUAUAUACUGUACACAGGAAAUGUUCAUUUUAAUGUUGUUGAAUCUGUAGAUUUUGUCAAUUUCAAUUCAUUGGAACAGACAAGAACAACUAAAGAAGAUAGAACGUCAAAGAGAACUUUGCCAUGUCCAUCAAUUCAGGCUGAUGUUAAAGUAAAGCAUGUGUUCAAGAAGUGUAGAUCCAAGUCGCAGAUAGAGGAAGAAAUUGAUGAAGUAGUGGAUAAGUCUCCUGAAACAUUUCAAAACCAUGUUGAUCCAAAGGGAAAAAAACGUAGGCUCACGUUGGAGACUGGUACGAUAAAUCACGAUGAGAGGAAAGGUACUGCAAAUCUUUUUGACAUGACAUAUGAACAGUGUGCAAGUAAUCAGUCUGAAUCAGUCGUUCACAACGAACGUAACACCAAGGACGAAACCCUUAAAAGUGAUCACAAAGACAAAUGCACGAGAGUCGAUACACAAAUAACGCUUGUUGCCCAAGGGACAUUCAAUCAAGGUGAUACAAGAUUUGGUGACUUAAGUGGAAAGCAGUGUGUUACCAAUUCACUUUCUGCACUGUUGUAUAGCAAGGUAAAAAAUGUCAAUGAUUGGAAAAGUACAGAUCUAGACAGGAUUUUGAAUAACGGUAAUGAAUUAUACUGUUACAUACGGCGAUCCACUUCACUCGACAACCAAUACUUAUUGAUAUCUGAUCUAUUUGAAUAUUUGGAUGCGUACAAUGAAUUGUUUAACAUAGUACGCCGUGAACCAGUCACUGGAUUGUUAGAUGGAGAUGAAUUGAUAUUGGCCCAGUCUCUUUCGAUGACAUUGAAGCAAGCACUCGAAAAAGAACUCUGUACUGAUUCUGAUGCAUGUUUUGUGACAUUUGCUAGAAGUACUUUCAUUGUAUUAUCUGGUCAAGAUGGUUUCUUUAUAUUUGAUUCACAUUCCAGAAGCAGUCGAGGUUCCUGAGU